AUGACUUUUGCAGAUAUCCUGGACAAUUUGGGUGGCAUGGGCCACUUCCAGAGGAUGUCUGUUGCCUUCCUAGCCAUCCCGCUAAUGAUGCUAGCCAGUCACAACCUCCUGCAGAAUUUCACAGCAGGGAUCCCUGGGCAUCACUGCCAGAUCCGCAUCACUGCCAAUUAUACUCGGCAGGCCAGCAAUGCCACCCAAGAGCUGGGAGCAGACAACCUCCUUCGGAUCUCCGUCCCGACGGAUGGGAACAAGCGGACAGAGAAGUGCCGCCGAUUUGUCACCACCCAGUGGCGGCUUCUGGACCCAAAUGCUACCCUUGCCAAUGACACCGCGGUGGAGACCGAACCAUGUGCCGAUGGGUGGACAUACGACAGGAGCAUGUUCACCAGGACCAUCAUCAGCGAGUGGGAUUUAGUGUGUGACUCCCGGACUCUGAGCCAGAUGGCCCAAUCCCUCUACAUGGCUGGAGUGCUGAUUGGAUCGGUGCUGUAUGGCAGCCUCUCCGACAGGUUUGGCCGGAAAGCCCUCAUUGUCUGGAGCUACCUGCAGAUGGGGGUGGCGGGCGCCUGCACUGCCUUCGUCCCAAACUUCACUGCUUACUGUGUCUUCCGCUUCCUGUGUGGAAUGGCCAUGUCGGGGAUAGCGAUUAACUCCGUCUCGCUGUGCAUGGAGUGGAUUCCGACGAAAUACCGCGCCAUUGUUGGCACCAUCAACGGCUACUGCUAUACCACCGGGCAGUUCAUCCUGGCCGGAGUGGCCUACGCCAUCCCUGACUGGCGGUGGCUGCAACUGACCGUCUCUCUGCCUUUCUUUGUAUUCUUCCUCUACUCCUGGUUGUAUGUGGAGUCUGCCCGCUGGCUGGCAAUUUCAGUAAAACCGGAACGGGCUGUGAAAAGUCUGAAGAAAGCUGCCCGGAUAAACGGGAGAAAGAAGGAAGGAGAUGAACUUACCACGGAGAUUUUGAAAUCCAACAUGCAGAAGGAGCUCUCCUCCACCAAAUCCAGCUACAGCAUGGGGGACUUGGUGUGGACACCUGCCAUUCGCAAAAUCUCUUGCGGGGUCUCCUUUGUCUGGUUCUCCACCAGCUUUGCCUAUUAUGGGCUGGCCAUGGAUCUGCAAAACUUUGGCUUCAACAUCUACCUGACCCAGCUGGUGUUUGGUGCUGUUGACUUCCCAGCAAAGUUCAUCUCUGUACUGACCAUCACGUUUGUGGGCCGCCGAUUCUCCCAGGCGUUGUCACUUAUCCUGGCUGGGCUGUGUAUCUUGGCCAACAUCUUUGUGCCUCAAGAUUUGAGCAAUCUGCGGAUGGUUUUUGCCGUCAUUGGCAAGGGCUCCCUGGCGGCCUCCUUCAACUGUGCCUACAUCUUCUCUGGAGAGCUUUUUCCAACUGUGAUUAGGCAAUCGGGGAUGGGCCUGGGGGGCACCAUGGCCCGCCUUGGUAGCAUGAUAGCCCCCCUGGUGAAGAUGACUGGGGAAUUUUUUCCACCGUUGCCACUGAUUAUCUAUGGACUGGCACCCAUCAUCUCGGGCAUCGCCUCCUGUUUUCUCCCAGAGACCCGGAAUGUCCCACUGCCAGAGACAAUUGAGGAAGUGGAGAGGCGGUCAAAGCCAAUCCAAGAGGAUGAACAACAAAUGAAGGUACUUCUCGCCUCCACCAAACCUGAUCCCGUCAAAGAUGGCAGCUAA